UCGGACAUGUCGGGCCCGCGCGCAGGCUUCUACCGGCAGGAACUCAACAAGACGGUGUGGGAGGUGCCGGAGCGGCUGCAGGGGCUGCGCCCGGUGGGCUCGGGCGCCUACGGCUCGGUCUGCUCAGCCUAUGACACGCGGCUGCGCCAGAAGGUGGCGGUGAAGAAGUUGUCGCGACCCUUCCAGUCGCUGAUUCACGCGCGGAGAACUUACCGGGAGCUGCGGCUGCUCAAACACCUGAAGCACGAGAACGUCAUCGGGCUGCUGGACGUGUUCACGCCAGCUACCUCCAUUGAGGACUUCAGCGAAGUGUACCUGGUGACCACCCUGAUGGGCGCCGACCUGAACAACAUCGUCAAGUGCCAGGCGCUGAGCGACGAGCAUGUCCAGUUCCUGCUUUACCAGCUCCUGCGCGGGCUCAAGUACAUCCACUCCGCGGGGAUCAUCCACCGGGACCUGAAGCCCAGCAACGUGGCCGUCAACGAGGACUGCGAGCUUCGGAUCCUGGAUUUUGGGCUAGCCCGUCAGGCCGAUGAGGAGAUGACCGGCUACGUGGCCACCCGCUGGUACCGUGCCCCUGAGAUCAUGCUCAACUGGAUGCACUACAACCAGACAGUGGACAUCUGGUCUGUGGGCUGCAUCAUGGCUGAGCUGCUCCAGGGAAAGGCCCUCUUCCCAGGAAAUGACUACAUCGACCAGCUGAAGCGAAUCAUGGAGGUUGUGGGCACGCCCAGCCCUGAGGUCCUAGCGAAGAUAUCCUCAGAACACGCCCGGACGUACAUCCAGUCCCUGCCCCCCAUGCCCCAGAAGGACCUCAGGAGCAUCUUCCAUGGAGCCAACCCUCUGGCUGUGGACCUCCUGGGGAGGAUGCUGGUGCUGGACAGCGACCAGAGGGUCAGCGCGGCCGAGGCCCUGGCCCACGCCUACUUCAGCCAGUACCAUGACCCCGACGAUGAGCCCGAGGCUGAGCCCUACGAUGAGAGCGUGGAGGCCAAGGAGCGCACAGUGGAGGAGUGGAAGGAGCUCACCUACCAGGAGGUCCUCAGCUUCAAGCCCCCGGAGCCACCACAGUCACCUGGCAGCCUGGAGAUUGAGCAGUGAGGGGAGUGUGGUGGCCGGCCACUCGAACCACAGGGUUCCCUCGGCCUGCUGGAUUCCCACGAGGGGUGCCUCCCGGCACCGCUGUGGCCAGCAGCCCUGACCCGAGCCUGGGACCUUUCGCCUGCACGCUGCUCCUUGUGGGCAGUCCUCGUAUGCAUGUGAACACACAGAAGUGUGCCUGUGCGCAAGACACCGGGGCAGGAGUCUAGGCAGAGCAUCCUGGGCUUCCUUGCUCCCCCGCCUCCUCCCAGCAACCUGGGUCUCCCUUAGGACCGCACCUGGAUGCCGUAAGGGGUCCCCCAGGGAGUAGUUCUGCCCCAGCUCUCCGGGGUCCCAGAGGGCCGUCUCUGGGGGCCCCCUGGAGACUGAAGUGAGGGUCUUAGUUGUCAGAGCGUCUCGGCCCUGACGAGCGGCGCUACCCUGGAAAAUGCAGAGCCCCGAGUCUGAAAGCUGGGCGGGAUCUUUUCUGGGGGCUGGCAGGGCAGGGACAGAAAGUCGGUCUCGAGCCGUGUGUUCACCUGUGCUGUGUGUGGCACGUGUGCACUAACGCGUGCUCCCGGUCCCUGCGGGUCAGGCACGUGUAGGCACGCGUGAGGCUGUGGCUGCCUGAGGGAAGGGCCAGCUUCUGUGACCAGCAAGGAGCUUGAAUGGAUGUGGCUGUGCCGUCACUUCCCCUUCCCUCAGCCCCCGCUGUAGGGCGCGGGCGCGGGCGCGGGCGCGGGGGCGCUGUUGCUGAGACCCUGUGUGCACCGCUCAAGGGGCUCAGGCGGGCGAGGGGCAUCCAGUGGGCAAAAGCCAGCCCCUUCUCCCUGCCCGUGGGGGCUGCUGCAGGUGCUCCUAAGGCGUGAAGAGCUAGUUGGCAUAGGGGGCUGCAGCCUGGAGGAGGCUGGGCGGGGGGCACACCAGUGUAGACUUGCACUCAGACCCUGGAGCUGAUGAAGAAGGCUCUGCACGCUCUACCUCUGCCCACCAGGCCCUGCCCCUGAGAGCUGGGGGUUCUGGUCUGUGGGUCAGCCCUCAACCUCCCUUCUUCCAGAAUGGAGCUGAUCUGGUAACCUCUGGACACAAACCUGCUCAGUGUGUGUUGGGGGUGGGGGUCCUCCGUCGAGGCUUCUCUGUGGGGUGGUGGUGUCCUAUGCAUCAGGUGGUGACCUCCCACCUUUCAGAGGCCUCAGCGUCAAGUGCCUGCACGAGGGUGUCACAAAUAAAGGGGUUCUCUCUCA